UCUCCUAAUUGGGAAAAGAAAUUUAGAAAUGUAAGUUAAAUUUUAACCUGCUUAUGGUGAUAAUCAAUAUAAGCAGAGACUCAUGAUGGAAAGAGCUCAGUAGUUUGUAAAGCAGGAAUAACCAUGAGGUCUGAGAAGUGGGUUUCAGCUCUUUGGCUGCUGCAGCUGUCUUGCUUUAGCUCUGGGUUUUGUGGCAAGGUCCUGGUAUGGCCAAUGGAGUAUAGUCACUGGAUCAAUCUAAAGGCCAUCUUGGAUGGGCUCCUAGAGAGGGGCCAUGAGGUGACUGUGCUGACACCCUCGGCUACUGUUUUUGUUGAUCCCAGUAAUUCAUCCAGGCUCUAUGCUGAGGUUUUCCCUGUGAGGAUAAAUCAUGAGGAUUUGGCAAAAUUUUUUGAAAACCUUAUCACAAUUUGGAGUUAUGAAUGGCGAAAACUUCCACCACUGGAGUAUGGUGCAGCCAUGCAAGACAUGGUAUUCCAAUAUUCAAGGCUGGUGAAACAGCAGUGUGAGCUUCAGCCUGAACAUGGUGUGGUUAUUUCUGAUGCUAUUUGUCCUUGUGCUGAGCUCAUAGCAGAGAUAUUUGGAAUACCCUUUAUCUAUAGUCUGCGCUUCAGCAUGGGCAAUUACUUUGAAAAAUACUGUGGAGGACUCCCAUUCCCUCCUUCCUAUGUACCUGUCCCCAUGGCAAUAUUGACCCCAGCAAGAUGA